GCAAAGCAAAGCAAGGAUCAUCACCCACUUCCACUUGUGUCACAAACACGAGAGAGACAGAGAGAGAGAGAGAGAGAGAGAGAGAGAUAAGCAGCUUUUUCUCAGAGAGUAAACUUCAUCCUAGAGAAAUGCAUUCAGAUAAGGACUUGUGCUAGACCCAGUAGUAAAUACCGCUCUCUUUCACACACCAAAUGACCUCCUCCUUUGUGCAUUUCCCAAAAAACUGUUCGACCUUUAAUGCCCCUUCAAAAAUCUCUCUCUUUUCCCCUCUGUCUCUCUCUCCUACACAUUCAAAGUUCCUUCCCUUUUCUUAGUCAUAGACCUAGGGAAGCACAGAGAGAGUGCAAAACAGCCUGACCUUUAACCUGUUUGAAAAAUGCCACUUUGACUCUGUCUUUUUUGACUGUUUACUUCUUGGGUUAUCUUUUGCUUCCUCACACUUUGUGGUGCUAAACAAGACCUGGGUUUGAGUUUGUUGUGGCAAAUAUAUUGGCAUUGACUUAAAUUUGUGGUCUUUUUUUAUUUACUGUAAGUUUUUGGAGAGGGGUGGUGUUGAAGGUUGAACUUGAAGAGUUGAGCUUUGUGUGUAUAUGGUUAUGGGGUUGCCUUUAAAGAUGCUUGGUGUCAAAGGCUUUAUAAUGGGUUGGUGACAGUGGACCUGUUUCAGUCUCUCUGUUCUUUGCCUUCAGCAUGAAGCCUUUUUGUUGUUUCCCUUGGUUUGAGCUUGUCUUUGUACCGAGUAGUGAAUGUUAGAGCAGGAGGGGACAUUUUGCAUUGAGUUGCAAGGUUGGGGUGAGAGUUUCUUUUGAAAGAUAGCUGAAUAAAUGCAUGGAUCGGAGGGACCCUAUGGCAUUAUCAGGGUCAGCCUCUUACUUCACAUCAAGAGGACUAACACAGUCUGGUUUACAUGGAUCACAAGGCAUUCAUCCCUUAUCUAAUCCAAACACAGCAUUUCAAUCCAAUCUUGGGGGUGGUAACAUUGGUUCAACAUUACCGAUAGAGCCUUCUUCAGCUAUUACACCUCAUGGUGUCAAUGUGGGUGCACCAUCUAUGCUGCCACCAGGUGAACCUGUGAAAAGGAAAAGAGGAAGACCUCGGAAAUAUGGACCUGAUGGGACUGUUUCAUUGGCAUUGUCUCCUUCAUCAUCUGCUAAUCCCGGGAUGGUAACAUCAACCCCAAAGCGAGGUAGAGGGCGGCCACCUGGGUCUGGGAAGAAGCAGCAGUUAGCAUCUCUUGGUGAAUUGCUGUCUGGUUCGGCUGGGAUGGGUUUCACUCCUCAUAUUAUCACCAUUGCAAUGGGAGAAGACAUUGCAACAAAAAUAAUGUCGUUUUCACAGCAGGGGCCAAGAGCUCUGUGCAUCUUGUCAGCCAAUGGUGCUGUCUCUACCGUGACACUUCGUCAGCCCUCAACUUCUGGUGGUACAGUCACAUAUGAGGGACGGUUCGAGAUAAUAUGUCUGUCAGGCUCUUACUUGCUCACUGAAAGUGGUGGCUCCCGGAACCGAACUGGCGGUCUGAGUGUCUCCCUUGCUAGUCCUGAUGGUCGUGUCAUUGGUGGAGGCGUAGGGGGGAUGCUUAUUGCAGCAAGCCCUGUUCAGGUGGUAGUAGGUAGCUUCAUAUGGGGUAGCUCAAAGACAAAGAACAAGAAAAGGGAAGCUGUAGAAGGUGCCAGAGACUUGGACCAUCAGACAGUCGACAAUUCAGUUGCGCUAAAUAGCAUUUCACCAGAUCAAAAUCUUUCUCAAAGCGCUUCAUUGGCGGCGUGGCAGGCAUCACGGCCGUUGGACAUUCGUAACACUCAUGUUGACAUUGAUUUAAUGCGAGGGUGACUUGUUUUAUUUACAUGGGCGUUGUAUGUACAUUUCAGUUUCAUUCAUGGCUAGUCGAACCUAUUAUUCAUUGAAGCAUCGAUGAUGGAAAACAGAAGCCAGCUGAUUCUGGCCUUUGAUAAUUCUAACUUCAUUUAUCCAUGGUAGACAUUGGGGAUGUACUCAUAUUUCUCUAGUUUAUUCAAAAUUUAGUUUGAAAUUUAGCA